AAGAUGGCAGCUCAGGUUCUAGCGCUGUUACGGGAGGUGUCGCGGUUAGAAGCGCCGCUGGAGGAACUGCGCGCGCUGCAUUCGGUGCUGCAAGCCGUGCCGCUCAGCGAACUUCGAGACCAAACGGCGGAGAUGCGCCUUGGCCCGCUUUUCUCCUUGCUGAACCAGAACCAUCGGGAGCAGACUGCUUUGUGUGUGUCCAUCCUGGAGAGAUUGCUCCAAGCUUUGGAGCCUGUUCACAUGGCCCGAAAUCUCCGGGGUGACCUGCAGAGAGGACUGACUCACCCUGAUGAUUCUGUAAAGAUCCUCACUUUGUCCCAGGUUGGAAGAAUUGUUGAAAAUUCUGAUGCUGUUACUGAGAUUCUGAAUAACCCUGAAUUACUCAAGCAAAUGGUUUAUUGUAUUCGUGGAGAAAAUCUAUCUGUGGCUAAAGCGGCCAUCAAAUCCCUAUCAAGAAUAUCAUUAACCCAAGCAGGACUAGAGGCUUUAUUUGAAAGCAAUCUGCUGGAUGAUUUAAAAAAUGUGAUGAAAACAAAUGACAUUGUACGCUACAGGAUAUAUGAGCUGAUUGUGGAGAUUUCUUCUGUGUCACCAGAAUCUUUAAACUACUGUACCACCAGUGGGUUGAUAACCGAGCUCCUCAGAGAGCUGACUGGUGAGGAUGUGCUGGUCAGAGUCACCUGUAUAGAAAUGGUAACAUCCUUAGCACAUACUCAUCAUGGACGACAGUACCUUGCUCAAGAAGGAGUAAUUGACCAGAUUUCUAAUAUAAUUGUUGGGGCAGAUUCAGACCCUUUCUCUAGCUUCUAUUUGCCAGGAUUUGUGAAGUUUUUUGGGAACCUGGCUACUGUGGAUAGCCCUCAGCAGAUCUGUGAGCGUUAUCCUAUCUUUGUGGAAAAGGUCUUUGAAAUGACAGAAAGCCAGGACCCCACUAUGAUUGGUGUAGCAGUGGACACAAUUGGAAUCCUGGGAUCCAAUGUUGAAGGGAAGCAAGUUUUACAGAAAACAGGAACUCGCUUUGAGAGCUUACUCACGAGAAUAGGACAUCAAGCAAAGAAUGCUUCAACAGAGCUAAAAAUUAGGUGUUUGGAUGCAAUUUCCUCUCUUCUGUAUUUACCACCUGAGCAACAGACUGAUGACCUCCUGAGGAUGGCCGAGUCCUGGUUUACCUCUCUAUCUCGGAACCCACUGGAGCUCUUCCGUGGCAUCAGUAAUCAACCCUUCCCUGAAUUACACUGUGCUGCCUUAAAAGUGUUCACGGCUAUUGCAAACCAACCCUGGGCUCAGAAACUUAUGUUUCACAGUCCAGGUUUUGUAGAAUAUGUGUUGGAUCGGUCUGUGGAGCAUGACAAAGCUUCAAAGGAUGCCAAAUAUGAACUAGUAAAAGCGCUUGCCAAUUCCAAAACAAUUGCAGAAAUCUUUGGGAACCCGAAUUAUUUGAGGCUCAGGACUUACCUGAGUGAAGGUCCAUACUAUGUAAAACCUGUUUCCACAACAGCAGUGGAAGGAGCUGAAUGAUCUCUUCUAGAGUUUAAUACAGGGGACCAUUUUUGGACCAGAACUACUCUGAAGGCCCUUGACUCCAUCUGUGUUUUAUAAAACAAAGACGUCCCUCCUCCCAGAAUUAUCAUGGAACAGAUAACCGAACUUUAUCACCAACAUUUUUUGUGUGUUUUUACAUUGAAAUGCAGUGCGGAACCAGGAGUUUGGAGUACAUGAAGACCAGGCAAAUUUGGUCUAAUGAAACUAGGUGUUUUUCAGAUUAUUUUGACUGCCAUAAUCUUUGCGUCAACAUGAAGUUCUUGGUUCUCCUC